CUCAUCUGAACCGAAUUAUCAAUACCCUGUUCACAAGAAACUAAGAAACAAAGAAAGAUACCACAAUGACCAGCGAACGCAGACCCUCCGGCGCAUACCACCUCACCGGCUCACAGCUCGUCGAAAAAGUCGAUGACCUCAGCUCUGGAGGCGGAUGGGAAGAACUGAACCGUCGGGCUCAUCACGCUGAUACGGGUGAAUCGCAGCAGCAACAGCAACAGCAGCAGCAGUCGGGUUUGAAGGCGCCUCCCGACAGGUCGCAGUCUUUUAGGCCAUAUAAUCCUAGUCAAGACCAAAGCGACGAUCUGCUGCCGGAUGAGUAGUGGUAGUAGUGGAUGUAGUACAUUGUCCGCGGUGGUGAUUACGGCCGUGGUGGGAGUUUAUUGUUGUUUGUAUCCGAGCUGGAUGUAUGCGAGGGAUUUGAUGAAGUGGGUUACUUGUUGUAAAAUUUGAUGCAAAUAUUGUAUAGCCGGAUAAUUGGGGGAG